UCGACUGAGAGAUUUCUUUGAAGCAUGAGAUCAAUAUAUUUGACUUGUUCUUCCAUGGUCCAAAAGCUUAGAGAGGAAAAUAAUUUUGUUCAACUCGUUGGUCCCUCUUCCCUAAUUUAUCUUUUUUGAUCAUAGGGAGCGCGAAUUAGCAUGGAUGCGCAAUUACGAAAUCAUCACAUCACGGUAUCGCGCCUCAUCAACAGAUUAGGGCAAAAUGAGUCGGCUGCUAAAGAGUAUCUAAACAAGUGCAUAUAUGCUGCUGGAUUGGGGACUAACGACUAUGUUUCAAACUAUUUUCUCCCUCUACUUUAUCCAACUAGUCGCAUUUAUACUCCUGAGCAGUAUGCUCUAGUCCUAGCUCAACAGUAUUCACAACAAUUAAAGACUUUGUACACAAACUAUGGAGCAAGGAAGAUAGCCCUAUUUGGAUUGGCACAGCUAGGUUGCGCUCCUAGUGUAGUAGCUUCCAAUGGUGCCACAAAUGGCUCUGCAUGUGUAGAUUACAUCAAUGACGCUGUUCAACUUUUUAACAAUCGACUCAAAGAGCUGGUGGGUGAGCUCAACCGUAACCUAACGGAUGCCAAAUUUAUCUAUGUGAAUGUUUAUGAGAUAGCAUCAGAAGCAACUUCAUAUCCUAGUUUCAAGGUCAUCGAUGCACCAUGUUGUCCAGUGGCAAGCAACAAUACUCUCAUAUUUUGUACUAUUAACCAAACUCCAUGUCCUAAUCGAGAUGAGUACUUCUACUGGGAUGCCCUUCAUCUUUCGGAUGCCACCAAUAUGGUCAUUGCGAAUAGGUCAUACAAUGCUCAAUCUCCCACCGACACUUAUCCGAUUGAUAUUUCUGACCUUGUCAAGCUCUAG